AUGUUCCAGGCAAGGGACUGGGUCCCUGAUGCCUGGGGAAGGGCAAGUCAGGGGUCUGGAGGAUGUCCAGUCCCAGACCACGGGGUUCUGGCGGGAGGGUGCUUGCAGGGGCAGGGGCUGGGCGGUCUCUUCAAGCAGGGAGCAGACCUUCCAGCUCCUGGGUGCUCCCUGGGGAGCCUGGGUGCAGGUCUCUGGGCCCCCCAGCACAGGGCCAGCUCACUGUGCCUAUAUGCUAACUUUGACAUCUGGGGCCAGGGGACACUGGUCACCGUCUCCUCGGGUGAGGGUCCCCCACGGCUGCUCCGCCUGAGCCGUGGGCCAGGUCCCUGGGGUCUGUGGCUACGCCACCACUGCCUGCAGUCCCAUUCGGGACCAGGCCUGGGAGCUGACAGAGCCCCUGGAGGUGAGCCAGCUGAGAGCUGGGCCGAGAGGCCCUGGGACAGGGGCGGCUGGGAGGGAGGAGCCCUGAGCAGAGCUUCCCCAGGGCCAGGGCCUGUGUGCGUCAGGGCGACCAGAACCGCUUCAGCGCUUGGGGCCAGGGCACCCAGGCCACCGUCUCCUCGGGUGAGAUGGCUCUCUGCCUCCUCUGUCCUGGGCUGGGGGAAAACCUCCAGAGAGUCCUUGGCCCGUGUGGGACCCUCGGGGGUCCCCGGGCGGAGGCUGCUCCUGAGGCCAUCUGCCUCCCCGUCCCGUGGAAAUGGGACCUCUGCUGGUGGAACACAGUCUGAACCGAGCGGGUUCUGCGCCCGGGGCCGCAGGGACCUGGGGGUAGGGCUUCGGGUGGGACCAGGAGGCUGCCAGGGGCUUGGGUUUUUGUACACCUCCCAACGGGGCCCAUGGCAUUGUGACCACUGGAUACCUGGGGCCAGGGGCUCCUGGUCACCGUCUCCUCAGGUGAGUCCUCACCAGCCCUCCUGCCUCACUUUCUCUGAGACUUUUUUGCUGCAUUUGGGGAGAAAACGAGGCUGUCUGGGUCUCAGGUCUAGAGGGCCUGGGGCAGCCUGGGGGGCUCGGAAAGAGGGCUGAGGGGGCCCAGGCUCACCCCAGCGGGGAGCAGAGGUUCCAGACGCCCUCUCUGGAUGGGCUCUGCAGCCAGAGCUUUCCCUGGGGGUCUCAGCCACCCGGGGGCUCUGGGCUCCCAAGGUCCCCAGCCCUGCCGGCCACAGUAGGUGUUAUGCGAGGUGGCCUGGCAGUCUUGGCCGGCCACCAGUUAUUGCUCGGGGUCCCGGCAUAGUUGUCACAGUGUGACAGCUGGUAUGACGCCUGGGGCCAGGGGCUCCUGGUCACCGUCUCCUCAGGUGAGUCCUCACCCCCUCCAUACUUCCACCACACUUGGGGAGACCCGUGGUGUCAGGGUCUCAAUGUCAGAAGUGCGGGGCACUUUGGAGGACCAGAAAGGGAGCCAGGGAGAGGGUCCCCAUAAAAGGGGUCCAGAGAUGGACCUCCCUGCCCCAAGGACGCCGCAGUGCGGGGACAGCCAAGGCAGCUCCUUCGGCUGGUCUGGCCAUUUGAUUCGAGCUUCACCGCGUCACCAGGGGCUUCCGUCAGCUUUCUGGGGCAGGCAGCUGGCUGUUUGACGUUGGUUGGACUUCUGAGUUUGAGUUAAGGAUUCAUGAUUCAUGGUCAGGCAGACUAGGCGGGCAGUGGUCUGGCUUCUGGGCGCCAGGCUGGGAUGUGGGGUCUCCGGGUGAGCCUGGAGGGGGCAGGGCCAUCAGAGGGUUCCGGGGCCCUCCGGAUAAGUGACUCGGACCGUCGGCUCCCCGGGCGCCAUGCGGCCGUGCCGGGCCGCCGUGGUUUUUGUGAGGUGAAGCUGGAGAUCCCACCACAGUGAUUACUACGAUAUAGACGCCUGGGGCCAAGGGAUCUAUGUCACCGUCUCCUCAGGUAAGAAUGGCCCCUCCAGGGCCUUUAUUUUCUGCUCCUCUCUCUGGGGUUUCUGGGCAUCGCCGUCUGGUCCUCAGGACGUGUCUGUGUCCGCCGGGGGACUGGGCAGACUGACCAGGAGGGGACCAGGACCAGGCGCCCUAGGGAUUUCAGAGCCUCCGGAUUUUCUGAUGUCUUUCAAAAAUCGGAAUACUGCCGGCAUUCAAGAGGCGGCUGCAGGCGGGAAGGGCCACCUGUGGGGGAGUCCCAGGACCCCCUCGGCGGCAGGACAGUUUGGUCUAUGGCAAGAGAUAAUUUGGCUGCUACAAUCAUAGAGUCAGUUGAGGACUGUGCCUUGAUGAUUGUGUUUCUAGAACCACAGGAAUGCCACAUGUGGAAGGCAUAGUGAAAUAUCCCCUUCAGAUAUGAGGUGUGCUCUGUGCUAGAUUGUACUUCAAAUUCUUUAUUGGUUAGGAUUAGAAUUGUCUGGGUGAGGAUGGACGUGUAGUGUCCCGAUCUUGGUGAGAGCGGUGUGCCCCAGCCCCCCGAAAGGAAGAGCCUGGGGAGGUUACAGGUACCGGGCUUUGUGGGGACACUUGCUAGGAGAAAGAUACAUGUUCAUCAUAAGAGGCAUGCUUAUGAAAUACUAAAAGACAGGAUAUGCUUCAAGGGGGUCCUGAUGAUUAGGGAAAUUGUGACUUUAGAAUGUGAGAGACUUUUAAAGUAUUUUAAAUUUUAUCAUUCAAUUAACAACUGUGAACCCUGUCUUUGGGGAGUUGAUAGGGGUGCAAGUUUGGCCGAGAAGUAGUAACUCGGUACUGUCGGCCCCCUGCCCUGUUUCAAGGCUGAGUUUUGGCAACAAUAAAUUCGGCUUAUUUUUUUAAUUAAUUGGUGGUGCUGAGUUAGUCAAGAUGGCCGCGUGUGGGGCUGGCCCCCUGCAGCAGGUGGCAGGAAGCAGAUCAGCUGAGAGUCUAUUUUAGGAAGCAAGAAAACACAGUUGGUAAAUUUAUAGCUCAUGGCCACCAAGGUGUGGUUUGGUGAGGGUGUUGCUCGGCCCACAAAACUGAAAAUGCUCCACUGAACGCAACAACACCUGGAAAAUUUGCAUUUCUAAAUUAAGGCAAAGAUGUUGACAGAAACUAGAAGGUUCCCCUUUUCACUAUUUGAAUCUAUUUCAGUUUUAGCUUAUCAACUGCUCGUUUAUAUUC